AUGUCCCUAUUUGGAACGUCGCCCACCGAGGGCGAUGCUCUCUCGACGCCGAAUCGACAGCGCGGCCGGGGAGGAGCCGGUCUGUUCGAUGACGACACCCACCCGCCCGCUGGCGGUGGCGGCUUGUUCAACGAUGCCGAGCACCAUGGCGAACAAGGCAAUGGCAGUGCUGCCGACUCGCCAUGGGAUAUGCCUACGCCGCGCAAGCACCAGAGCCGAGCCGAACUGAUUCGCAGGCUGCUACCGGCAUCCGACGUGCCUGACAUCUACAUUGAGACGUUCGACACCGUGGUGCGCCAGGAUGGCGACGCUUCUGGCAGAGUCACGUCUGGCGGCAUCGCCAGCAUCUUCGCCACGGCACGCAUUGAUGCGGACGCGCAAGCAACCAUAAUGUCUUUGCUGGCAGCAGGCGGCAAUGCUUCGGACUUGACUCUUGGUCGCGCCGAGUUCAACGUCUUGCUCGGGCUUGUGGGCCUGGCCCAGGAAGGCGACAUAAUAAGCCUUGACGGAGUCGACGAGCGCCGUUCCAACCUGCCCCGGCCGAAGCUCGCGGGCCUGACCGCCGAACCCGUCAUACCACCCAUCACUGAGCUCGCCGCAAAACCUCCCCAGACGCCCGUUCCCGCCGCAGCAAUCGACGCGGCUCCCGAGAUUCCCGAGCAGCAUCGAAUCCUCCGACCAGCCAUGGACGACCCCGAAGACGAUCCCUGGAACACCCCCGACAUGCACAAGGGCCAUGCUCACACCAAGCAAAAUGGCAUCGGCGGUGCUGUGUCCAACGGCCAGACGGCUUUCGGCACUUCACCCACGGCUGCGCCGGCACCCCAUACCCCCUCGGAAACCUACUCAGCCCGGACUCGUCACAAUACAAGUUCAGGCCCCCGGCCGAACAGUGGUAUCGCCGGCCCGGAUGGCUGGGGCGCAGGCUUUUACGCGCCGCAGACACCAGCAGCGGGACCCAGCACAUCCAACCCGUUUGGCGGUGACGGUGCGGUGCGAACGCCAGACGCGCCGGGGCCGGUGCCGCCAUCACUGAACCCCAGUCACAGCGCGGCCGGUCGCACCGGAAGCAGCGUCGAAGAGAAUGUCAUCGUCACGCUGAUGCCGGGCAAAGAGGGCGUCUUUAUGUUCCAGCACCACAACUACGAGGUCACCAGCCAGCGGCGAGGCAGCAAGGUCAUUCGCAGGUACAGCGACUUUGUCUGGCUGCUCGAUUGCCUCCACAAGCGCUAUCCCUUCCGUGUCCUGCCUCUGCUACCACCGAAGAGAGUUGCCGUCAACGGCAAUCACCUUUCCAACGACGGCGCAUUCAUCGAGAAGCGACGUAGGGGGUUGAGUCGAUUCAUCAACGCUCUCGUCAGGCAUCCCAUUCUGAGCCAGGAACAGCUUGUCGUCAUGUUCCUGACUGUUCCUACCGAGCUCGCAGUCUGGCGCAAACAAUCGACAAUCUCUGUUCAGGACGAGUUUACCGACAGAGCGCUGCCUCCCGGCCUCGAGGAUUCCCUUCCGCCGACGCUCGAGGAGCUUUUCACCAAGACGAGAUCUGGUGUGGUUCGCUCGGCCGAGCUGUACAUUAACGUGUGCAACAUUAUGGACCGCCUCGUGAAGCGCACCGAAGGUGUAGCCGCCGACCAUGCCCGCGUCGCCAUGUCGCUCGCAUCUCUCACCGAAACCUCUGCCGAUACAUACGCGACCGAUACGAACGAGGUUCCACUGCUCAACGAUGGCCUGACCGCGAUGAGCCGACAUCUGCGCACCUGCCAGUCGUUGCUGGAGGACGAGAGCAAGGGAUGGGACGUAGGCGUGCUCGAGGACUUGAAACGUCAACGCGAUGCACUGGUCAGCGUGCGUGAGCUGUUUGAGCGUCGCGACAGGCUGGACAAGGACAACAUCCCGUACCUGGAACGUCGGAUCCAGACCAACGAGACCAAGCUGGCGACCUUGCGUGGGAAACCCGAGGGGACGGUCAAACCCGGCGAGAUUGAAAAAGUCGCCGACAACAUCAUCAAGGAUAAGGAAUCCAUCGUGCAGCAGCACAACCGCUCCGUCUUCGUCAAGGAGUGCAUCCGCGACGAGCUCAUCAGCUUCCAGCUCACACAGUACCACAUCAGCCGCUGGAACCAGGACUGGGCGGGCGAGCGCGUCAAGUACGCCGAGAUGCUAGCCGGCAACUGGCGCGCACUGCUGGAACAGCUGGAGGGCAUGCCGCUGGGCCCCUGA